UCCUCGGCGAUGAAUCCGUGCCCGAAGUGUCCAGAGACGUACGUGCUGCCUUCCGGCCGAACCUCGCCCGUUUCCCGAAAACGACGAGAGGGAUCCCGAUGGUCGCCCAAUGUCCGAUUCCGCGCUUAAAUGGGGCGGACUAGCGCUGUAGUCCAGCGAGCCAGAUACCUAGGUACUGUGGUGUUCUAUUUGGUACAAUCCAUUUAUCAUACUCUUGAUGAAUGUAUCCUAGUCAUGAUGAGUCAGCAACCACCCACCGUAAGCUUGGCUUCAGGUUUUUUGAUGAAUCUCUCAUGAUGGGGGGGAAAAAGCCCGCCGCACCGCCCAUUUCCCAGCGCGGGGAAAGGGAGGUUGGGUCAAUGAGCACAAAAGGGAACUAGAUCCCAAAAAGGGAAUUCUCUCAAAAGAAGAGCCUGCAGAUGGACAGACGGGCCCGGGAAUGAACCGCGGGAAUGAACGUUUCAAGGGUCUUUCUCUUCUCCUCGCCUCCUCUUUUCGCGUCCCUGGCCUCUUCUUCGGCCGCCUGGGCCAGGGAAAAAAGGGCAACGAAAACGAGAACGACAAGGUUUUGCGGGACUUUGGAGCUACCCCGAAGCUACUUUUGCUACUUUCUGCGGGACCCGACUCGACUCUUUUGGCGCGGGGGUGCCUUUUGCUUAUUUUGCCCCCAACGAAUUAAUUUCUGCCCGUACGGCUAUGUACCUUGGUAUUUGUUGUCGAUACUGUGUUGUGUGUAUACAAGGACUAGGGAAUCCUGGGGCUGUGUCUUCUCAACGUUGGGAAGCGGCUCGGGAUUUUUGUCAUUGCGGUGUGCUCUGUGCUGUGUUCUCGUCCCGGUCGUUUUCGGUUUCGAUUCCGAUGAGGCAGAAUCGAGUGUUCACCAUUCACGCCGAAAGAAUUGCUUUGCUGUGUCAAGGAUACUUUUGUUUCAGAUUAGAGGGGGAGGAGGUGAUUGAGAUUUGUGUGGCUUGAUUUUUUCUAAUGAGUUUGGCUUGGCUGGGU